CUUUCAUCGUAUCCCUUCAAUGUUCAAGCAUUUUUAUUAUUUGUUUGUUUUUAUCUUUCUUUAUAAACAAACUUACUGUAUGAAGACUUAUAAUGGCAAACCAAGAAAUCAGUUUAAAGUGGAAUGGCUAUCAAAAUAAUAUUCUAAGUAAUGUAAAGGAAUUAUUUAAAGAUGAAAAUUUAUCCGACGUCACACUUGUUUCGGAGGGACAAAGUUUUAAAGCUCAUAAAAUUAUCUUGUCGGCAAAUAGUUCUGUAUUUAGGACUAUCUUUCAGCAAAACCCCCAGAAAGAUCCAAUUAUAGUGCUCCAUGACAUCAACACGGAUUCCUUGAAAACUUUGUUGAAGUUUAUGUACAAUGGAGAGGUUAAUGUAACAGAGGAGUUUCUACCAGUUCUUCUCAAGACUGCUGAGAGUUUGAGAAUAUGUGGUUUGUCUGCUGGUAAUGAUGCUACUAGAGACGAUGAGAAAAAUGCAACAUCAACACAGUCUUUGCCAAAGAAACGCAAGAAAAGUGAGUUGGAUGAUAGCAAUAAUAAAAUUAAGAAGGCAGCUCCCUGCCCUCCCAAACCAGAUUCAGUUGUUGCAGUCCCAGCAUGCGACCUGUUAAAAACCCCACAAAUAAUGCCAAAAGUUGAACCUGUGGAUUCACCAUUAACUGAUUAUUCCGGAGAAAAUACCACUGACACUGACAUAGCUGUUCUUGAAGAUACAUUGGAAAAGAAAUACUCUAUAAGCCCAGAAAAUCCUACAAGCAAAUCUGUGUGUGCAAAGGGUAUAAGCGAUUCUAAUGUGAAGAAAUGGAUCAACGAAGUCAGCAGCACCCAGCCUUGUUUGAAUGUCGAGAAAAAUGUUGAUCAAGAAGAUGAAAAAGAGCUUGAAAUUGAUAAAGAAGUUGAAACUGUGUUGCAAAAUGGAACUAUUGUAGAGUCAUUGAGUAUAACAACUGAGAAUUUGAAUUUUGUUUCCAGUGAGGCUCACAGUAUGAAAGAUAAAACAAGUACCUGUUAUGCAAACCCGUCCUUUCCAUGCCCGUUUUGUCCGCGUGUUUAUAAUUCUUGGGGUUACCGCAGACGACAUGUCAAAUCCAGACACAUGACCAAUAGAUUAUCCUGUAAGUGGUGUGUAUCCAUUUUGCCAUCAACCGGAGCUUGGUAUUCCCAUGCUACAAGAUCCCAUGGGGUUCCUCAUGAGGAAGCUAGGAAUUCACUGGUUGUAAUGGUCGAGGCACAUGCUGUACUAACAUUGAAUGAACCUAGUGUGGCCCAGUUAUUGGGCCAAGUUGGUAUUGAUAGUGGUGAAAAGGCAAACUAGGUAGGUUGUAAAUAUAAAUGCAAUAACGGUUUUUAUAAUUAUAUAAUUAGGGCUGUAGGAUUGAAACCAGAAUCUACGACUAUACUUACAAUGAAAAACCUAACGACCUUACCAAUAUUAUAAGGAUCGUAUAUGGAUGACAUUGUGGUUGAAAAUAUAUUGCUUAUCACAUUUUUAUUUAAGAACAUAAAUUGAUGUUGUUUUUUUAUUGGGGGAUAUGAAAAGGCAUCUGAAUAAGUGACAAAUGGAUAUUCCUUAUUAAUCGUCAUACAAACUUGAUAUUACCAUUUCGAUAUAGUAUUUCUCUUAAUUCUCUUAACAUUUUCUUUACUUUUAACUUUUUUUCAAUUUAUGAUUUGCUUAACACUGAUAGCUUUAUUUGAAAUGAUCUAAAAUCACUGACAAAGAAAUUUACCACUAUUAUAACAAAGUCACUAAUUUAAGGUAAUUUUUUUUGUUUUUGUAAUAUAUUAUUAUCUGUUGUAUAUUUUCUUUAGUUUCUUAAAAUUGUGCUAGCCAUACAGGAAAGAAUUAUUUUUUCCAAAUACGACAAAGGCAUAUAUUCACUGUCCAUUAUUAUUUUUUUAAUUCUACAUACUGAAGGAAGGAAUUUUUAUAAUCAUAUUUUCAAUAACAAUUAAAAUAUUCAACCAUUUUUAAAUCUAUGGAGAUGUAAAGAAAUAAGUGAUUUUAUACAAAUCCCAUUAAUAUGUUGCGGAUAUGGUUAUAUAUGAACAAAAUAAAUUACAUAUUAAAAAUAUUUGAAAAGUUGUAUCCACAGCUUUCUUACUGAUUAAUAUCAAGUGUCUGAAUUAUUAAUAUUUAAAUUUUGGGCAUUAUGAAAUAAGUGAUAUAUUAAUAAUAUUUUUUUUAAUACUCCUAAGUCUAGUUAAGUAACUAUUAUAAAUAUGUGAAUGAUGAUCUCAACUCAACAAGUCAAAAGUUUAGUCGAGUAAGAUGCAUGUUGUAUGCCAAAUUGUCACUUUUACAACUUAAUAUUAUUAUUAUUUUUGGUUUAGCUGCCAUAAUAGUGUACAUUCGUUCUUUAUAAACAUUUACUAGUCUUGUCAUUAUAACUAAUUUUCUGUUACUACACGACAUUCGGUAUGUCUAGGAUUUAAAAAAAAAAAUGCUUCUGAGUUACUCAAUGGAACAUUUGAACUUAAUGGCUUCUCAAUAACGACUGAAAUAAUAUAGCAUAAGGACAUAAGCAAUUGUUUGUAUGAAAGUAUAUUUUUAUACUGCACUUUGAAUUAACUAGAUGUAAGUCAAUUAUUACUAUACGGCAAUAAUUUUACAAUGUGAUUUGUAGAGAUUAAAAAAUGGUAUUUUCAUAAAAGUUUUAGGAAGAGUAUAUUGAAAAAAAAAAAAUGGAUAAAAAUUCAUAAGUGUACAAUUGUAUUUUCUAAUAUUGAAACGAUAGUAAUUUUUUAUAUUGUACCAUUUUUGUUUUAUAUUUAACACAGAUUAUAAAAAAGAUACAGUCCAUAAAUAAAUACUCAGGCCAUAUGUUUUAAGGUACUGAUAAAUAUUUCUUAUGAGAGACAUAUCUGCAUAAAAUGAGAGCUUCAAUCUAUAAUAGUUUUUGGUGUAUACGUGAAAACUGUUACAGUAACCGAAUUAUGUAUAUUUGGAGUACAUUAUAUUUAAAAGCUACGCGAAAAGGGUUUUAAUGGUACUUAGGAUUAACAAAAAUAUUUGGAUAUUUUAUAAGAGUUGUAAAACUUAUCUAUAUUUUAAUUUUACUAGGUCGAUGUUUGAAAUAAAACUCAUAAACACACUGUUAAUUUUAUUACUCGAUGAGAUAAAGCAUAUAUUGUGUAGUAACUUAUUUGCCAUAUUAUAACUAUAAUAUGUUUAUAUUCCGAAAUGCAGGUUUCAGAGGACCACAGUGAAACAUUCUUAUAACCUAGUAUAGUUUUUCAACUAUUCUUCUAUAAAUAAUUAAGUUACCAAAGCAAUUUCGAAUAAUGUGUAAUUUAAGGUACGAUAUAUAUUUUUAUAUAUGAUAUAAUUAAUUGUAAGUGAAUAUUUUGUGAAGUAAUAUUUUGAUACUGUUUGAUACUCGCUAUAAGAUUUUGAAAAAUUUGUAUUUGAUGUAACUAAAAUAUUGACGGAAAAAAAUAUAACAAAUUCUAUGUACUAAACAACACGUAAUACAUGGCUUUAAUAUAUCAGAUGAUUAAUUAAAUGACGACGUAAUUUAAAGAUUAUGUAUGUAGACUUAUGUCGAAUGGAGAUUAAAUAUAUUUUUUAUAAAGCCAA